AUGCCAGGAAAGACCAUUUCUCCCGCCCAGGCGGUCACUGUGAGUCUCCAGGAUCUCAUUACAGGUUCGGUGCCAUUCGAGACAUUAACAGAGGCCUUUGGGCCUUCGUCUCUGGGCAUCAUUGUCGUCAAGGACCUUCCGCCAAAGUUCAAGGAGCUUCGCGCGCAGGUCCUCUCCAACUCGUCCUAUCUAGCUGCGCUUCCGCAGGAGGAAUUAGCGAAACUGGAGAGCCCCGAAUCCAAAUACCUCGUCGGCUGGUCCUGCGGGAAAGAAACGCUGCGGUCCGGGCACUUCGACACCCUCAAGGGCUCAUACUACAUCAACUGCGCCUUCUACCAGAACCCGGAACUGCAGAACGCCCCCGCGGACGACUUCCCGGAUUUCCCGCAGUAUACCGCGCCCAACAUCUGGCCGCCGCCGGAGCGACUGCCCGCUUUCCGCAAGAAUGUCGAGGAUCUCUGCACGCUGAUCAUCGACACGGCGGCCCUGGUCGCGAGGGCGUGCGACCGCUACGCGCUGGCGAAUAUCGAGGGGUACAAGGAGGGGUAUCUCGAGCAUGUCGUGCGGACGAGUCUGACGACCAAGGCGCGCCUGCUGCACUAUUUCCCCUCUGAUUCUUUAUCCGCUCAAGGACAAGUCCAGAAAGAAGACACUGAGAAAGAAGAAGAAGACGACUGGUGCGCCACGCACGUCGACCACGGCUGCCUCACGGGCCUCACCUCAGCCAUGUUCGUCGACGAAGCUGCUCACCCUCCGUCGUCCGUCGACUUCAGCGCCAACCCCAACGCCACGCUCCCCGAACUCACCGCCUCGCCGGACCCAGAGGCAGGGCUGUACAUCCGCUCGCGCACGGGCGACAUCGUCAAAGUCAACAUCCCCAAGGACUGUCUGGCGUUCCAGACGGGCGAGGCGCUCGAGCGCAUCACCAGGGGCAAGUUCCGCGCCGUGCCGCACUUCGUCCGCGGCGCGAGGACGACUGGUUCCGGGAGCAGGAUCGCGCGCAACACGCUGGCCGUCUUCACGCAGCCGAAUCUGGGCGAGGAGGUUGAGCCGGGCAAGACGUUCGCGCAGUUUGCGAAGGAGGUUGUUGAGCGGACGUAUUGA